UUAUUUUCAAGUAGACUAUAUGCCACUAGUUACAGCCGAACACAAGCGGUUCUCUUUGUUUUUCUGUCUGUUCAAUCGCCCGAGAUAUCCUUAUCAUCACCCACAAUGCACCUAGAACAAGAACCAGGCAUCCCUGGUCUAGAUUCAGGCACAGUACAAUCCGAUUACGGAGUCUCAGUUAUGGAAACCAACUCCAUCGAAGCAGAGAUUCAUCGCCUUGAAGCCGAGCUGGAAGAUGCACGACGAAGACUAGAUGCAAAAAGGCCACGCGCUGUGCGCAAACGAACCCCUCCAUCACCGAAUUCACUCACAGCCCCCUUCCUCCCUCCUUCAACGCACCACCUACUCCUACUCACCGACUCUGCCCUACCCCUGGGCGCCUUUGCCUUCUCCUCCGGCCUGGAGUCGUUCCUCGCCCACAGUCCCAAACGUCCCGCAUCAUCACCGUUCUCCACCUUCCUCCCUCUCUCCAUCUCCUCGUUCGCAUCCACCACCCUCCCCUUCACCCUAGCCGCCCACCGCGACCCUUCUCGUCUGCUCUACCUGGACGACGCCCUCGACGCCUCCCUGGUGUGCACCGUCGCGCGCCGCGCCAGCGUGUCGCAGGGCCGCGCGCUGAUCGGCCUGUGGGAGCGCUGCUUCGCCCCGUCGCUCCCGCCGGACCGGGACAUUGCCGAGUACGUGGCGGCGGUCAAAGCGCCGGCGCGGCAGCACAAGCCCGUCGACUGCAUCACCAACGCGCCGCCGAGCCACCUGCCACGCGCCGCGGCGCAUCUCGCCCCGCUUUUCGGUGCCGUUUGUGCCGCGGCCGGCUUGUCGGCGCAUCAGGCCGCCUUUGUGCUGGUCCUGGGCCACGUCAAGGCGUUGGCGUCGGCGGCCGUGCGUGCCGGCGUCUUUGGUCCCUACCAGGCCCAGCGGCUGCUGGCUGGGGAUGAGGUACGGAGGCUGGUCGACCUUGCAGUGCAGAGAGAGUGGGAUACCGAGGUUGAGGACGCGUGCCAGACGGUGCCGGUGAUGGAUUUGUGGGUUGGACGGCACGAGUUGUUGUAUUCGCGUAUUUUCAACAGUUGA